GAAUGAAUGAGCACAACACUAGUGGUGGCGACCAAAUCGGCGAAUUGUUUGCUGUUAGCUAAAUAAAAGUUUUUAUGUAGAGGAUAAAUUGUGAAAAAUUAAUGUGUGAUUAGUGAAAAAACACAAUGGCUUACAACUAUGUAGUUACUGCACAGAAACCGACUGCCGUGAUAUCAUGUGUAACCGGCAACUUCACAUCACCAACGGACCUGAACCUCCUGGUGGCGAAGGUAUCCCGUUUGGAAAUGUACCUGGUCACUCCGGAGGGCCUACGUCCCAUGAAGGAAGUCGGUCUGUAUGGGCGAGUGGCCAAAAUGAAGAUGUUUAGGCCUCCAUAUGAGAAUAAGGACCUUGUGUUCAUCCUCACAGCUAGAUAUAAUGCCAUGAUAUUAGAAUGGAGGACCACAGCUAGCGGUGAACUUGAAGUGGUUACUAGAGCUCAUGGUAAUGUCUCAGACAGAAUUGGAAAGCCUUCAGAGAACGGCAUCCUUGCGGUCAUUGAUCCACAAGCUAGAGUCAUUGGUCUAAGACUGUAUGAUGGUCUAUUUAAAAUUAUACCUCUAGACAAAGAUUCUACAGAGCUAAAAGCUGCUAGUUUAAGACUUGAUGAGCUGAAUGUGUAUGAUGUAGAAUUCUUACACGGUUGCUCUAAUCCUACCAUUAUUUUAAUACAUCAAGAUUUAAAUGGGCGACAUAUUAAGACACAUGAAAUAAAUUUAAGGGAAAAAGAAUUUAUGAAGAUUCCAUGGAAACAGGAUAAUGUUGAGACUGAGGCUUCUAUACUGAUUCCAGUGCCUAGCCCGCUUGGUGGUGCUAUUGUGAUAGGCCAGGAAUCCAUAGUGUACCACGACGGGCAGAGCUAUGUCGCCGUCGCCCCACCACAGAUUAAGCUUACUCCAAUAAACUGCUACUGCCGCGUGGACGGUCGUGGGCUCCGCUACUUACUGGGCGACAUCGCGGGCCGACUGUUCAUGUUGCUGCUAGAACUACAGGAGAAGAUGGACGGCACGCAGGCCGUUAAGGAUCUCAAAGUCGAAUUGUUAGGAGACAUACCAAUCCCCGAGUGCAUGACAUACCUAGACAACGGGGUAGUGUUCAUCGGGUCCCGUCUAGGUGACUCGGCCCUCGUCCGGCUGUCUGCAUCAAGGGAUGAAGCGAGCCAGUACGUACAGCCUAUGGAGAGCUUCACCAGCCUCGCGCCCAUCGUAGACAUGUGCGUUGUGGAUCUCGAGAGGCAAGGACAGAAUCAACUUAUAACAUGCUCUGGUGCCUUCAAGAUGGGUUCACUGCGUAUAAUCCGCAACGGUAUAGGCAUACAGGAGCAGGCCUCCAUUGACCUGCCCGGCAUCAAAGGCAUGUGGGCCCUCACACUCGCCGAGAACUCCACCUACCAUGACACGCUUGUAUUGGCUUUUGUGGGCCAAACUAGAGUGCUAACCCUGAACGGGGAGGAAGUAGAAGAGACUGAAAUCAAAGGUUUUGUCGCUGACCGACAAACUUUCUUCACAGGAAACGUCUGUCAUAAUCAACUAAUUCAAGUAACAGACGAAGGUAUCCGUCUCAUCGCUCGAUCUCCUGAGGGUUGGAAGUUGGCGGCAGAGUGGCGGGUGUCAGGUGCCCGCGGUCUGUCCGUCGUGGCCUGCGGGCCCGCCAGGGUCGUCGCCGCCGCCGGGCCACGGAUCUACCUCGUCGCUAUACUCGACGGACAGCUGGAGCUUAGAGCCGAGGUGUGCAUGGAGGAAGAAGUGGCCUGCCUGGACCUGGGCCCCGGGGACGACGAGGCCCUCCUAGGUGUAGGCCUGUGGACUGACAUAUCUGUACGAGUGCUCAAACUACCUGAUUUGAGGCCUUUGCACACUGAAAAAUUAUCCGGUGAAAUAAUUCCCCGUUCCCUCCUGAUCUGCGUGUUAGAAGGAGUGUGUUACCUACUUUGUGCGCUUGGAGACGGAUCCAUGUUUUACUUCACAGUGGACCAGGAGACUGGAGUACUUACUAAUAAGAAGAAAGUCACGUUGGGUACACAACCCACUGUAUUGAGGAGCUUUAGAUCACUAUCGACGACGAAUAUAUUCGCGUGCUCAGACCGGCCGACGGUAAUCUUCUCGUCCAACCACAAGCUAGUGUUCUCCAACGUCAACCUCAAGGAGGUCACGCACAUGUGCUCGCUCAAUGCACAGGCGUACCCUGACAGUUUGGCGCUAGCGACGGACAGUACAGUGACCAUAGGUACCAUCGACGAGAUACAGAAACUCCACAUACGGACCGUGCCGCUGGGGGAGACGCCGCGACGUAUCGCCUACCAAGAGGCUUCUCAGACGUUCGGCGUGAUCACGAUGCGCGUGGACAAGCUGGAGUGGGGCGCCGGGGGCGGCGCGGCCGGCGUGGCCGUGCGGGCCAGCGCGUCCACGGCGGCGGCGGCCGUCAGCGGCGCGCCGCCCGCCCAGCCCAAGCACGCGCCCAACGCGCUCGACCUCGAGGUCCACAACCUGCUCAUACUCGACAACCACACCUUCGAAGUAUUACACGCCCACCAGCUGAUGACGAAUGAGUUCGCGAUGUCUCUCGUCUCGUGCAAGCUGGGCGAUGACCCCAACCACUACUACGCACUCGGCACCGCGCUACUUAACCCGGAGGAGUCUGAACCUAAACAGGGCAGGAUCCUAUUGUUCCACUGGUCGGAAGGCAAGCUCGUGCAGAUUGCGGAGAAGGAGAUCAAAGGAGGUUGUUACACACUAGUCGAGUUCAAUGGGAAAUUACUUGCAACUAUAAAUAGUACGGUACGCCUCUUCGAAUGGACUUCAGAGAAGGAGCUGCGGCUUGAAUGUAGUCACUUUAACAACAUCGUCGCUUUGUACCUCAAAGUGAAAGGAGACUUCAUUCUUGUCGGAGACCUCAUGCGGUCCAUGUCACUAUUGCAGUAUAAACAGAUGGAGGGUAGUUUUGAAGAGAUAGCGCGUGACUACAGCCCCAACUGGAUGACGGCCAUCGAAAUACUGGAUGACGACACCUUUCUGGGCGCUGAAAAUAGUUUCAACCUGUUUGUGUGCCAAAAGGAUAGUGCUGCGACAACAGACGAGGAGAGACAGCAGAUGUCUUACAUGGGCCAGUUCCACCUCGGGGACAUGGUCAACGUCAUGCGCGGCGGGUCGCUCGUCGCCCAGCACGCGGACAGCGCCGCGCCCGUACACAACCCCGUACUACUCGCCACCGUCACUGGAUCUAUCUGUUUAGUAGUGCAAUUAGCUCCAGAAUUGUACGAAUUUUUACAUCAACUAGAAGAGAGGUUAACGCAUACUAUUAAGUCAGUGGGCAAGAUACCGCACUCAUUCUGGCGGUCGUUCAACACGGAUAUCAAGACGGAACCGGCGGAAGGAUUCAUUGAUGGAGACCUUAUCGAGAGCUUCCUAGACCUUUCUAGGGAAAUGCAACAGGAGACGGUGCAAGGGUUACAGAUCGACGAUGGUGGUGGAAUGAUGCGCGACGCGACAGUAGACGACCUCAUCAAAAUAGUAGAGGAUCUCACCAGGAUACAUUAGACACUCGUUAUCUUAUAGUUUGUAUGCAGAUUAAUAAUAAUUAUAUUAAAUACUUAAUGUACUUCUAAA